AAUUAAUAGGUCUUUUAUUGCAUCAUUUAAGUAUCACAAGUAGGUCUUAGCUAUGAUAGGCAUCUUGUUUCUGUAGCUGGACAACUCUAAGGUCUUACUCAUCAGCCUGCUGAACAGUUCCUUUUUCAGAGACACAGAUACCAUCCAAAAAUUUCCAGAUAUCCUUGUUUUUAACUGUUGCAGCUUGCUGAAUCAAAGCCGCUGAAUUUGAAACAAGCUCAAUGUCAUUUCCUUCAAGGAUUAAUUCAUCUUUCUGGGCUUGAGAUACUGAACAAGCAACACCCGGUCUCAUUCAAACCCUGCGGAUGUAUUUUUCACCCAAGAAAUUUCGGAUUUCAACAAGAGACCCAUUCUCCUGGAUAACGACGUUGAUGGGGAAGUGAGCGUACACAGACCUUAUCUUGUAACGGAAGCCCAGCGUAACACCCUUGAUCAUGUUCUGUACAUGACUACAAAGAGUCCGAACGGUAGCCAAUUCCAGUUCCUUUCGGUUACCCCACCAUUUGUCAACCCGGAGCCUCUUUUUUUUCUUUCCAAGAAGACUGAGUUCUACAUUGAUGUGAUUGAAGUCCUUCCGCAGGGUUCCUCUGGGGCCCUUCACGAUAACUGUGCAUCCCUUCAGAGUAAUGUCGACAUUUUCUGGAAUGUCGACAUUAAACGCGGCAAAGAAGGAACGUCUUUCCUCAUCACGUACUUAGCUCCAAACGAGAAUGGAAGCCGCUGGAGGACCGUAGCUGCACAGACAUACCAUGGCUGCUGCUCUUCAUCCUCUUCUGCAUUGGGAUGGUAUGUAUUCUUUUUGGAUCCUUGCAACCUGGACUUGAUAAACCGGAAGAUUAAGUCUGUUGCACUGUGUGUAGCGGCAUGUCCCAGGCAAGAACUGAAAACUCUGAGUGAUGUUCAGAAGUUUGCAGAGAUGAAUGGUUCAGCACUAUGUAGCUACAACCUAAAGCCUUCUGAAUACACUACAUCUUCAAAAUCUUCUGUUCUCUGCCCAAAACUACCAGUUCCAGCGAGUGCACCUAUUCCAUUCUUCCAUCGCUGUGCUCCUGUGAACAUUUCCUGCUAUGCCAAGUUUGCAGAGGCCCUGAUCACCUUUGUCAGUGACAAUAGUGUCUUACACAGGCUGAUUAGUGGAGUAAUGACCAACAAAGAAAUUAUAUUGGGACUUUGCUUGUUAUCACUAGUUCUAUCCAUGAUUUUGAUGGUGAUAAUCAGGUAUAUAUCAAGAGUACUUGUGUGGAUCUUAACGAUUCUGGUCAUACUUGGUGCACUUGGAGGCACAGGUGUACUGUGGUGGCUGUAUGCAAAGCAAAGAAGGUCUCCCAAAGAAACUGUUAUUCCUGAGCAGCUUCAGAUAGCUGAAGACAAUCUUCGGGCCCUCCUCAUUUAUGCCAUUUCAGCCACAGUGUUCACAGUGAUCUUAUUCCUGAUAAUGUUGGUUAUGCGCAAACGUGUUGCUCUUACCAUCGCCUUGUUCCAUGUAGCUGGCAAGGUCUUCAUUCACUUGCCACUGCUAGUCUUCCAACCCUUUUGGACUUUCUUUGCUCUUGUCUUGUUUUGGGUGUACUGGAUCAUGACACUUCUUUUUCUUGGCACUACCGGCAGUGCUGUUCAGAAUGACCAGGGCUUUGUGGAGUUCAAAAUUUCUGGGCCUCUGCAGUACAUGUGGUGGUACCAUGUGGUGGGCCUGAUUUGGAUCAGUGAAUUUAUUCUAGCGUGUCAGCAGAUGACAGUGGCAGGAGCUGUGGUAACGUACUAUUUUACUAGGGAUAAAAGGAAUUUGCCAUUUACACCUAUUUUGGCAUCAGUGAAUCGCCUUAUUCGUUACCACCUUGGUACAGUGGCAAAAGGAUCUUUCAUUAUCACAUUAGUCAAAAUUCCACGAAUGAUCCUUAUGUAUAUUCACAGUCAGCUCAAAGGAAAGGAAAAUGCUUGUGCACGAUGUGUGCUGAAAUCUUGCAUUUGUUGCCUUUGGUGUCUUGAAAAGUGCCUAAAUUAUUUAAAUCAGAAUGCAUACACAGCCACAGCUAUCAACAGCACCAACUUCUGCACCUCAGCAAAGGAUGCCUUUGUCAUUCUGGUGGAGAAUGCUUUGCGAGUGGCUACCAUCAACACAGUGGGAGAUUUUAUGUUGUUCCUAGGCAAGGUGCUGAUAGUCUGCAGCACAGGUUUAGCUGGGAUUAUGCUGCUCAACUACCAGCAGGACUACACAGUAUGGGUGCUGCCUCUGAUCAUCGUCUGCCUCUUUGCUUUCCUAGUCGCUCAUUGCUUCCUGUCUAUUUACGAAAUGGUAGUGGAUGUAUUAUUCUUGUGUUUUGCCAUUGAUACAAAAUACAACGAUGGAAGCCCUGGCAGGGAAUUCUAUAUGGAUAAAGUGCUGAUGGAGUUUGUGGAAAACAGUAGGAAAGCAAUGAAAGAAGCUGGUAAGGGAGGCGUCGCUGAUGCCAGAGAGCUAAAGCCGAUGGUAGGUGGAGAUGAGGAGGUGGCCACCCUCCAAGAAUUUCACUUUCACUUCCUCUCUCUCUCUGUCUUCACUGACUGCACUUCUUCAGGAGAAGCUUUUGUUAUCUGUAUCACGCAGGACGUGCUGCUCUUUCUGUUUGUGUGCUUACCCAUCACUUGGAUGGCAGAAUUCUUGUCACAACUGAGACCACCUUCUGUAAAAGCUUCGGGAGCAAGUUCUGCUUGAACGUAGCCGACGGUUAUGGAAAUCCAUUGACAUUCCAAAACAAUAUAUACACAUAACUAUGUAUUUGUGUGUGUGGGUGUGUGUAUAUAUGUAUAUGUAUGUGUGUAUAUAUAUGUAUAUGUAUAUACACACACACACAUAAAUCAGCCAAAAUCAGAGAAAAGGAACAGGGAUUUAAUACCUUUUUUAUGCUUAUUUUUGUCAAACAUGUACUCCUUUCAUACGGGUGGCUUUUACAAGGCAACUUCCGUCAUUUAAUGUUUUCAAAUGUAAUUGUCUUAAUGGAAAUGUUAAAAUUCAUAUCUGAUUAACAUUUUUAAGAACUUAGAGGAGAUUUUAACUAUAGUUAUUUAAAAUUAGGUAAAAUUAUUGUACCAAAUUAUGUCUAAAGUUUAUUCAGGGGUGAUUUCCCUGAUGUGUGUAUAAAAUCAAGAUCUUAUUUUACUGAUGCAUAAGUCCUAGUGGGUCAAGACUAGGCUAGGCAUAUGCUUUCAGAUAAAUAAGGAAUUACUCCAAUCAGUUUUCCCCAAUCAAAGAAGCCAUGUCAUUUUACUUUUAGAAACAUACAAGUGGGCCCAAUAUGGGAAUUUUCAUAAUAGUUCAUACAUUUGUCAGCCAACAUUAAAAGGUAACCAACUCCUCAGGUAUUUGUAGUUUAUCCUAACGCUUCUAUAAAAGAAAGUAGGUAAAAAAAGAAAAGGGUAGAUAAUCUUUCGUAUGCAAACUUUUUCCUUAUAUUUUGUCUUUCUUUCCUUUUUGACUUUGGUAGCAUCCUCCACACAUUUGUGUGCCUGAUUUGAAAGGAAGCUGGGGCAGCCAGCGAGUUUAGCCUUUAAGUUUCUGUGUAUUGAUUUGCAGAUUAAGUAAUGCUGGGAGGAAUAAAGAAGGGACAGAAACAUGGAACAUAAAGCAUUGAAAAUUCCGGUGCUUGGGUUUCUGCCUCAGAGGAACGUCAGUGGCUUAGGGUUAAACGGCCAUUUUAUUCAAAUGCUUACUAUAAAAUCUGAAACAUACUGGCAGGUGCUCCUCUCCUUGGCAAUUCAUUGAGUAUCCAGAGUUCUACGAUGUUUAACUGAAUAAUUGGCUAAUGUUUUGAUCCUCCAGUGUGACUUGUUUUUCUUUUUUGUUUGGGGGUGGGUUUGGGGUUUUUCGCUUUUUUAUUCCCGAAGCUUACCAGAUAUGAAUGGCUAAUAUUCCAUUGUUCUGCUUAUUGUAAUGGUGAAUGCUUUAAGAAAAAAAAUGUAAUUUGCUAAGAAUAAUUCAUGAUCUGUUUAUGCGAUAACUCCUUUUUGUUACAAUUUUUUUAAAAAAAGCUAUUUUUGUUAAUGUAAAGUAAAUAUUUCAGAGCAAAUUUUUUAAACUUAUUGCACUAAAUACAGGCUCUGUACAAAAAAAAGUCUCAGCAUUUUAUCAUUCCAUGGAAGGAGAAUCUUUUGAAAGAAAGCAUUGCCUCCUACCAGAACUAGACAGUGAAUUAGACUGGUGUUAUGGAAAUGCAUACAAGUAAUGUCACUAGGGCUUAAUAAACAGCUGUUUGCUAAUGUGCUUCCUUUCAAAGGGUUGGACCUUUAAAUUGCUGCAAAAGGUAAAUUGUAUUUUUUUUUUGUUAAGUAUUGGUGUUCUUUACUAUAGCUAGGCUAAAAUUUGCUAAAUGCCUUGGCUUCUUUUCAAAGUUCAUGUAAUAUUUCUGAUUUUUCAGAAUAUUUGCGAUGAGUCUGGAUUUAAAAAUACACACACAUACACACAAUUAAGAGCUCAUGUAUUAGCAAGAUCUGAGAAACCAACACUGCGAGAGUAGCUAUUUUGAAAGAAUAAUUCUCCUGAGAUUAACAUCUAACAUCUAGUAUCACCAGACAGUAUCACCGGUCUCUUUUAUUCAUCUGAAAUGGAACAAAUAUAAUUAUGUAACUAACAAUUGUCCAAAUAGAUGAGAGAGCAAAUCAUGUGAGAAAAUUCAGAAUACCAUCUGUUUCAUAGCCACACAGAUUUUGGACUUUCACAAACAUUGGGAACUAAAUUUAGAAUUGGCAAAAAGUCUAGAAGAUGGGUAUCAAAGCAGAAGAUAUUCCAGGAGCUAGCAAUUUUAAGAGGUGUCCCUUCAAAGUGACCUGAUGGAAGUCCUGAACUUGGAAAUUAGGUUCUACUCACUUGGACAUCCCUGCAUCAUGGACUGUUGCUGCUCCCUGUUCCAUAUGCUCGCAGUCCCAGCUAUUUGGAAGCCACCAGGAAUGCUUUCUAAUUAUCAUUUGCAACUAGAACUGUAAUCAGAAAGAAAUUUUGUAUUUUUGUAUAACUUGAUUGUGUGCCAUUUUAUAUAACAGGUCCUGUUUUACAAAUAAAUUUUGUUUUACUAA